CACCACUCCCCCUUAUCUUUACUCAUUGAAACAGCCAGUCUUCUUUAUUUACAACUUGCAUACUGGCACCUUUAAUUUUCCUCGAGAUGGCCACUACACCCAGUCUGGUGCAGCUGCCAGUCAUGGUCCUGACCAAGAUCUUUUCGCAGUGCGACCCGUACGCGCUCACAGAUGUCAACAGCACGUAUAUUCGCAGCAUUAUAAACACAACCGUAUUCCGGUGCGCGUGGGCAUGCGAGCUCGCAAACGGCGCGAGCUUGCCAACCGAAAUCUCACGCAUCAGCGAUAUCCAGCUCAUCCGGUCACAGGUCAUUGGGCGCGUCUCAAGAUUUUCCGAAUUUGUGCGCGCACUGCGCAUGCACCGGCCCAGGUUGCUGAAUGCCAUCGCGCCGGGUCUGCUGUGGGAGUCGUUGGCUGGCCAGCGCGAGGAUGUCGCUUCACUGGUUGUUGAGCUAUCAGAUGUUGACCUGAGCAUGGUCGACGGUCGUCUGGCAAGAGAGCUGAUCGAGCAUUACGGAUCGGUCCGUCUGAUGGUCUGGAUGGAGAAUAACGGCCUGGAUUUUGUCGAGCUGGCAAAGAACGAAUGCUGCUUUGACUUUGCGCUGCUGAGGCCCUGGGAAAUCCGCCUGCCUGUCCGUACCCUGGUCGACUACGCGCUGAGCAACUCGACGCCCGAGCUGGUCAAUUUUCUGAUGACGCUUGACGACGAGGACAAGCCGUCGUGGGACGACUUGCUGCUGAUGGCGUGUGCAGAGCCCAAAACGACCUGUGCAACGCAGCCGGGCAUUCUGUGGACGCACGCGGGGCUGUGCGUGGCAGCACAUGCAAGCGCAGACAGCGCCGCUUACGAAAAGUUUUCGGUCAUACGCCAGAUGCCUGGCGCUGAUAAGUGGUUGGCAAGGUCACUGCAGGGCGUUACACCAAUCGAGCGGCUGUGCGAGCGGCUGACCUUUGAGAACCUGUGCAUGCUGCUGCCAUUCUUCCGCGAGUACAUUGCAUUGGGCGUGCCACCAACUGGGAUGCCGAGUUCCGUGGCCCUAUUCUGCCAAUGAGCUUGGAUUCCUCGGUUCGAUUAGCGCGCAUUCUUGUUCUUUUUUGUACCAACACACUCAUGCUGCAGCCGACUGAAAAGCACUCUUUGUCAAUGCCAUACUCGCCACUGCUGAUUGAAGCAGGGGCACACUAUCCAAAUCCAACAUGUUUUCCGAUCCUAUGCUGUGGAUUAGUGUAGGCGGAGCAGAGUGCUAUCAAUUCCGAGAGAUAUUGCUUCCAGGAAUCAUGCUGGUUGCAUUUGAAUCUAGGCCGCUACCCUAAGCAGGAUCAGCUUCCAGGUGUGCAGCGGUUGCCUUGCAGAGGUG